AUUAGCCCCUCCCAUUGUUAAUUAGGGGUAAUUAUGAUACAAUAAACUCGGGGGAGUUAAGAACAAAAGCUGGAACAGCUUGUAAAUCGCCUUCAAAGACAUGGCAAAGCAAGAAACUUGCUCAAAUGGCUCAAAUGGCAGUAUCUCCUCGUAUGCACCUCACUUACUCAAUCGCUGGGCCGCGAAGGAUGGUCAUUAUUCUUACGAGAAGGUGCUCCACGAGGGGACGUACGGAACGACUCUGCUGGCAAGGAGAGGGAAAUUUGGCCCAAGGCUAGCCAUACUCCUCUUCCACCUGCCAUGGGCAAACACAGUAAGAGAAGUACACCUGAAAAAGCUGUCGGGACUGCGCCACAAGAACCUUGUCCACUUGAUAGAUUGCUACGACUGCCACGACCCUCCGCUGACCACAAUGUCAAUGACACAGUUUCCAAGCAAAUCUCUCCCUCCUCCUACUGCAGUCGCUGUAGUUAUGGAGCUCUCUCUGAGUGGAACCCUAUCAAAAUACUUGAACAAGUACAGAGUGAAUGAAGAGACUAGGCUAAGAUGGUAUAAUGACUUAGCCAUGGGUCUUCACUACUUACACUCCAAUGGGAUACUGCACUGGGACCUCAGACCUGAGAACAUAUUCAUACAAGACGAUCAGCUCAGACUUGCAAACAUAGGUUUCAUGCAAACGGCAAAGGAAUCAAAUCGUAAGAAAUUCAACUUCAAUCACAGCGUGUUUCUAGAAGAGUACGUAGAAGAAGCAAUACCUUUCAUAGCUCCAGAGACAUUUGGCGGCGUCUAUAAUAAAUCCAGCGAAAUAUUCUCUCUUGGUUUAAUAUUCCUUGCAAUAGCAGAGUCCCCAGACUGUGGAUAUCAUAAAGCAAGAUGGUCAAACACAACCGAUGUCUUAGGAAAACUCUUACACUCGAGAUUACCGCCUCGAACCACAAAGCCGGUCCAUCUAUUGGAACCACCAGUGACUCAAGCACGACCUCAAGAGAGUUCACUAUUCAAUGAAAUGCUAUCACACAAUCCUCACAGUCGACCGACGACGGAAGGAGUAUUAACGAGCCUUGAAGGCAUUACAUUAGGGGGAAAGGAGACUUUGACAUCAAUGGCAGUCAAGUGGAUAUGCUCGUGCUAAGUUUUUGUCCGAUCAUUCUUUUACAUUUUCACACUCUCAUCACGUGUGGGAUUACAAUAAUAACACAAUCUUCCUGUCUUAACUAUAACAAUUAUGACUGUGUGUGUGUGUGCACUGUACAUAUUAUAUAUGAUAAUGUUAAUUGUGUGUAUUGUGUAACCUCAGCAAUCUUUUGAUCUCUACCUUGUAGUCACCAAUUAUGAUAACAAUUUGAUUAAAUAUAA